UCAGACGAGGAAGAUGAGCCCUGGCAACGCCGCUCGUAACGUUCCAGCACAAAGCUAAAACUUUAGCCUAGCUUAUCUCACGUCCGAGCUUCGUCAGUAUGGUUUUACAUGCUUACAUCAACUGUUUAGCGUUUCAUUUUGCACUCGGCCAUUCCCCAGAAGCUUGUUAAGUGAUUUAUAAUGGAUUUCUCCAACGAGCCGAGCUAGCCGAGCUGGCAGACCUGUCCGCGUCGUAGCCACAAUCCGUCGACUAGCUAACGAGAGCGAGUUGUUGUUAGCUGGCGUCCGUUAGCUGUCCGACCAUGGCGAUUGUUUCCGGCUCUUGCGUUAGGGUGAGCGGCUCUAGAAACGGGCCAUCUGUGUCCGCCACACCAUCCGGAACAGUUGGACAAUCCCAGCCCAUGAUAGUGGUGUGGGAAUGGCAGGAUGAUCUGGGCUACUGGCGGCCCUACAGCGGCCAGGUGAGCGGCUACAUCGAGCGGUGUCUCUCUCCGCGGGGCCAGAGAGGAGCAGCCGCAGCAGGGGGAGGAGGAGGAGGAGGACCCGGUGCAACGAGCAUCUGCCUUGGACAAUCAGACCCCAGCCUGUCGCCUUAUCUCAUAGAUAUACCAAGCUUGAAACAGUUUCGCCAGGACACAGGAAAGACACGGUCAGUCCGUCGGUCCCUGUUUGCCCAGUCAUCAGGCCUGGGCAGCGGUGUCUACUGGGAAUGGGCCAAUGAUGAAGGAGGAUGGACGCCCUACGAGACUCGAACCUCCAUCCUGUUGGAGCACAGCUACCAGGCCCGCCAGGGCACGGCAGACUUGGGCCCACAUGGAUAUAAUUACAUAGUGGAUCUUACAUCCCUGGCCCAAGUGAACAAAAGCACAGGCUUCAGGCGGCAAGUGCGAAGGCAGUGUAACCUCCCAUACCCGUUAGCCUCCUCCGGCCCCCCGCCUGCCCCCUCGGGCCCUGCGUGCUCCUGCCAGCAGUGUCUGAGCCACAGCAGCACCGGGCCCAUGCCCAGCAGAUCCCGACACUCCUUUUCAUCAGGCCAUUUGAACCGGCCCAGCCUGCAGGGGACAGGGAGGGCCACAACAGCUCACCCCGCCUCUGUCUACUCGCCUUACCCUAGGAGACCCCUGUCUGUUGGGGGAAUGUCUUGGGGAGGUCCCUGGCCCCCACCCCCCUCUGGUAGUCAACUCUCUGGACCUCCACUGACCAGUUCUACCAGUGCCAAUGGAUUAAGUGUUCCUUCCAUCUCCGUCCAGCUGAAUGGAUCCACCAGCGUGAGCUCUGCCCUGGCAGGCAUGGCCUCCAUUUUGAUGUCAGCAGUGGGACUCGGCGUGCACUUCACCAGUGCCCCCCUCCCUCAGCAGCAGCAGCAACAUCCGCAGCAGCAACCUGCUCCUUUCUCUCUUCCUCCUCCUCUCCUCCCCCCAGCCAGCAGGCCCAGCAAGGCCCACAGCAGCAACAGCAGCAAUUCAGUUAGGAGGGCAAAGAGGCAGCACAGGAGAGCCUCAGCGCAGAGACCUGAGGAGGUGAUUCAGCGCUACAUGGAGGAAGUGACUACAGCACCGGAUGAGGACUGUAUUAUCUGCAUGGAUCAUCUGUCAAAUCCGUCCGGCUAUGAAACGGUGUCGUCAGAGGACGGAGGCCAGAGCAUCCGGCCUGACACAGUGGGCAGAUUUAUCAAGUGUGGACACACCCUGCAUAUGCUCUGCAUGCUGGCCAUGUACAACAACGGAACAAAGGACGGGAGCCUGCAGUGCCCCUCAUGUAAGACAAUCUACGGAGAGAAGACCGGCACCCAGCCCAAAGGCAAGAUGGAAAUUUACAGCAUUGCUCAGUCACUGCCGGGCCACCCUGACUGUGGCACCAUCCAGAUCAUCUACAGCAUCCCGCCUGGAAUACAGGGUCCUGAGCACCCCAACCCAGGCCAGCCAUACACCUGUAGAGGAUUCCCGCGCUUCUGCUUUCUACCAGACAACGACAAGGGCAGGAAGGUGCUGGAGCUGCUCAAAGUGGCUUGGAUGCGGCGUCUCAUUUUCACCGUGGGAACGUCCAGCACCACCGGCGAGCCCGACACCGUGGUGUGGAACGAGAUCCACCACAAAACCGAGAUGAUGUCCAACCUGUCCGGCCACGGCUACCCCGACCCCAACUACCUGGACAACGUCCUCUCUGAGCUGGCCUCUCAGGGCGUGACGGAGGACUGCCUGAAGCCGCCGGGCGGCAGCUAGGUGAGAGCGCCCGGCUCCACGCGGGCCCCGCUCAUUACCGACCACCGCAGCUGCAAAUGAAACGAAUAAACCAUCCGAAGUCGCACCCGCCACUCCGCUCCAGUGGUCUCACAGCAAUCUAGGUCUUUUAUCACGUUCCGGUCAGCGUCGUACCAAAUCUCCUUCUCACACUUCAAUAAGCUGGAGGGUGAAGCUGAGCUGAAUAAAAGUCUUAAAGCUUCUUUAUGAAAAUGAUUCACUGGAAAGGUGCACAGCGCAGCGCUCGGUGCAAAUAAAUUCUAGCGCAUUAACCUGAGUUUACAGCCCAGUACGCUCCUGCUCAUCACGUAUCCCAGGACACUCCGACUGAGAGUACGCACCACGGUGGGCUUCUCCAUGAGCUUGGUUUUCUGUACCUCCACUUACUGGGGGCAUCGUGCUGUUGUUUUUUUUCUCUCUCUCUCUCUCUCUCUCUCUCCAUCAAGAGCAAGACCACUCGUAUCCCUCUGUCCAGGCACCAUGAAAAUGGCAGCUCACAUCGGGGAUAAAAAACAAAAAACAAAACAAAACAAAAAAAAAUCUCAUUAAGCACUUUAGUUAUUACAGUGCAUUUAGAUUUGUGAUUUCCAGGUCAAGGGCAGUCGACUUGUUUGUUUUUAAAUUGGUAAGUUAUGCAAUUAAAGGAGUGUUUCUGUUGAAAAGCUUUGUGUUCAGCACAAAGACACUGAAACUUCUAUCAAAGUAGCAACACGAGUAUAUGUUACGUAUGCCUAAUCGAUGGGAAAAGGCAAUACUUUGUUGUAAAUAUGAAAACUCAGUAAUAACACUAAAAUAAUGUUAAAAAAAAAAACAAAAAAACACGUGUCACAAGAUGCCAGUUCAGGAACACACAGUCAGCGUGACAUCAGAGCUUCUCUUGUUUUAGUUGUGUUUUUAACAGUGACCGCCGCUCAUCAUCUGGCCAUCUGUUCGAUUCUCAUUUAUUUUGGCUCUUAAUCUCAUUUGAUAAGCAGAUGUGUAACGCACUCGUGGUGACUUCUCUUGUUUUGAAUUCCCAGUCACUGUUCCCAUCUGAACACCAGAGGCAUUAUUCUUGACAUUUUAAUCUCUUAUGGUUUGUGUUGCCAUUUGUACGAGACGGGGACGGGGUGUGAAAGCGCACACCGCCCGACGACUUGAAGCGUUUGUGUCCGAGCAGAUCGGACGGACUGCCGGGAAAAUAACGUUCAGAAAAUCCUCCUCCUGUGACAAUCAAGGUCAUGGAGCUGCUCUGCUCACACGCGUGAAGCCGGGGGUCACCUGUGUUCACCUGCCAUCAUUCUGCCCUCACUGUUACACUACCGUGGAGUCUUGACAUGUAUGCAAG